GAAUUCGAAAUUCGAACUAAAUUUAGAGAUAGGAAAUGAAUUCAUAGGCAUAGAUAAGGAUACAGAAUGAACUAAAAUGAAUUAUGUAAUGAACUCUUGACAAUUGAAUAUACAGUAGCAACCGGACAUUUGAACGAGUCGCAUUCAUUUUUCUAACCGGCACAAGUUUUUGGAAUUAUCGGGAAAGAAAACGAGUUUUACCACGUAGCCGAACAUUCGUGAGGUUUUCUCACAUUUUUGGUCCUUCGAGCCGGAUACGUGCGUGCUAAGUGUUUUCUUUCGCUCUGCAUCAAGAGCAACGGCAAAUUCGGAACGCUCCGCAUCACGAGCACGGUGCAAGUCAUCAUUCGCGCCAUUUCGAAUUCUCGCGCUCGUUCAAGUUCAUUAGCCCUGCAGCAAGGGCAUCGGUCGAAUUUUCGUGAUCGUGAAUCGUGGUUUAUUUUUCCCGCGUAAAUUCGAAUUGCUACAGUUUCGUGAACGUUCAUAUCGCGUUAUCGACAUUAUCGUGAAAAUCUGACGGAAGCUAAGAUGGACAAGAAGAUAAAAUCUGCUCAGCACAAAAAACUCGUCGCAGUGGAAAACAUUAAGGCGCUGGAGCGCUUUAAGCAGAACUUCAAACCCGAAAAUGUAGGUGAAAUCCCGGAGGUUAUGGAGGGUUUGGAGCAACACAGACAGGACUUUUUUGCCGCGGUGGCAAAGCUGGAAGAGUAUGACGACACCAGUGAUGCGAUUCAAGCCUGUAUUACUGACAGGAUCGAUAUGGAAGAGCGCUGCCGGCGGCUAAAAUCGUUCCUUAGAGAAAACCAACGGAAGGAAGCCAAUUCGCUCAACGACUCCUUAUUGGCUAACUCAACCCUGGCGUUUGGACGGCCAAAUACAUCAAACAUUCGUUUUCCCAAAAUCGAAUUACCAACGUUCGACGGUGAUUCGACAAAGUGGUUGUCAUUCCGCGAUCGCUUUGUCGCGAUGAUUGACGCAAGUGUCGAGCUGCCGCCAAUUGCAAAACUGCAGUACUUACUUUCGUCCCUGAAAGGUGACGCUGCGGUUCCCUUCGAACAUGUUACUCUGACCACGGAAAACUAUUCUGUUACCUGGGCUGCGCUGCUUAAGCGAUACGACAACUCACGGAUGCUCAUUCGCGAGUACUGGCGACGGCUACAUUUCCUACCUGCGAUUGCAACAGAAAGUGUCGAUGGUUUGACGUCGUUGGUAGAUGAAUUCGUGCGAUAUGUGAAUGGGUUGCAGAAGCUGCACGAACCUGUCGACUCAUGGGACACGCCUUUGUCCAACAUGUUGCUGAUGAAGCUGGACAAUGAGACCAUUCUGGCGUGGGAAAGGCAUUCUGUGCAUAAGAAGAAGGACAAGUACUGCGAGUUGAUCGAAUUCCUGCAAGACCGAAUUCGAAUCCUAAAAUCGAGCCAGAGUAUCUCGUGCGAUCGGAUUGUGGCUCCGAUCAAGGUGGCCGGGGCACAUCGGCCCACCGCACCACGGCGGUCGGUAACCAACGCUGCUUCUGUGCAAAGGAAUACUCCCGUUUCAUCGACCAGUCAACAAGUGACCUGUCCAUUGCAGUGUGCAGAUCAUCACCUGGUUCGAAAUUGCCCGGUAUUUUUAGCCAAAAAUACUCAGGAGCGGCGAGAAAUCGCACGGUCAAAAGGUUUGUGCUGGAAUUGUCUCAGUUGUUCCCAUCAAGUGAGAUCGUGCAAAUCCGAGUAUUCUUGCCGUUCGUGCAAGGAACGGCAUCAUACGCUGCUUCAUCAACCACCACAACAACCUACAGUCGCUUUGUCAGCCCAAUCAGAUGAUGAUAUGGUGUUUCUCGAGACGGCUAUUGUGUUCAUCGUAGACGAUUAUGGAGAGAAACAUGAGGCACGGGCGCUUUUGGAUUCGGGCUCUAUGUCCAACUUCAUUUCGGAUACGUUAGCUCGGAAGCUCAUGACACCUCGAGCGAGAGUUAAUGUAUCAGUGUCUGGCAUCGGAACUUCAAGGCAGCAGAUAAAGGGUUCGACCACGGCGAUCGUUCGUUCAAGGAACCUUCAAUUCACCACCCCAUUGGAGUUUCUGAUCCUGGAUACACCCUCGGCGGACAUUCCCACCUCACCAAUCAACGUGUCUUCGUGGAACAUCCCGGAUGUAACGCUAGCAGACCCCACGUAUCACAUCCCAGGCAAGGUCGAUGUGGUCAUCGGUGGCGAUACGUUCUGGGAGCUGCAUACCGGACGCAAGCAAUCUCUCGGUUCGGGUCUGCCAUGGCUGGUAGAAACGCAGUUUGGAUGGGCGGUAGCAGGAAACACUACGCAUUCGUCUCAACAACAUCGGGUAUGUAAUAUGGCAACGAGCGACAGUCCGUUGGAAGCCAUAUUGACGCGGUUCUGGGAGAGCGAGACCAUCUUCGACGAGCCCGCUCUAUCUCUGGAGGAAGACAUGUGUGAACGUCAUUUCAUCUCUACUACAACCAGAGACCCAUCUGGCAGGUAUGUCGUACGUUUACCACAAAUUCCUAAUACGAAUAUCGUUUUAGGAGAAUCGAAAGCAAUCGCUGAUCGUCGUCUCCUAGCGGUGGAACGGCGGCUUAAGUCUAACCCUGCAAUGAAGGAGGAGUAUAGUAAAUUCAUGUCGGAGUAUGAGCGCUUAGGGCACAUGAAACAACUCACCGAGCCGGUGGACGAUUCGUGUGAACACUACUAUCUCCCUCAUCACGCGGUGCUUAAGGAAUCGAGCACAACCACCAAGGUCAGGGUAGUCUUUGACGCGUCGUGCAAGACAGCUUCUGGCUACUCCUUGAACGACAAACUCCUGGUUGGGCCGGUGAUCCAAGACGAUCUGUUUACCAUCAUCGUUCGUUUCCGGUCUCACGCAGUCGCACUCUCAGCAGACGUUGAGAAAAUGUAUCGCCAAAUUCUCCACGAUUCUCGCGACACUGAUUACCUGCGCAUUCGGUAUAGAAGAAACACCGCAGAGCCGAUUCAGACGUUCCAACUACAAACAGUAACAUAUGGCACGUCUUGCGCACCCUUCCUAGCAACAAGAACGCUAAAGCAGAUCGCUCUCGAUCACAAGAUGCAAUACCCCCGAGCAGUGGAUCCUGUAUUGCACGAUUUUUAUGUGGAUGACCUGCUAACGGGAACAGACGAGUUGGCAGAUGCAAUUGAAAUGCAAAGGCAGAUUUCCGAGAUGCUCAUGCAGGCUGGAUUCGUGUUGAAGAAGUGGGUAUCGAACGUACCCGAAGCACUAAUCGGCCUUCCUUCAGAAGACCUUGCCAUCCUUCCUACUCAUGAAUGGCAAGAUCCCCAAUUUGUAUCGACGCUUGGUCUGGUUUGGGAGCCAGCAGUUGAUAUGCUGCGAUAUCGGAUCGAUCUACCAACUGCUGCGACGAUGUUGACAAAGAGGCUAGCUUUGUCCUACAUCGCCAAAAUCUUUGACCCGCUGGGCUUGCUUAGUCCAACCAUUAUCAUCGCUAAGCUCUUUAUGCAACAACUGUGGAAGUUGCAGGAAAACGGGAAGCCAUGGGAUUGGGAUCGUGAGCUACCAUCACAUCUCCAAAAGGAAUGGACGGCAUUUCAUUCCAAGCUGCAUUCACUUCGGGAAGUGCGCAUUCCGCGUUACACUUCAAUUCGGCAGGCAACAAACGUGCAGCUACACAUUUUCGCGGAUGCUUCUCAGGUGGCAUAUGGUGCUUGCUGUUACGUCAGGGCAGAAAACGAUUCGACAACAUCGGUGCAGCUGUUGGCAGCUAAGUCUAAAGUAGUAUCGUUGUCGAACACACAUUCCAUAGCGAGACUCGAGCUCUGUGCAGCGCGGUUGGCAACGCAACUGUUCCGGAAGGUCAGUCAGUCCCUCAACGGUGAAUACGAUGCUUUCGCUUGGACUGAUUCCAUGACCGUGCUACAUUGGCUCAAUUCAGCACCACGGAGGUGGAAGCCUUUCGUUGCCAACAGGGUGGCAAAAAUUCAAGGAGAAACCCGGAUCAAGUGCUGGAGGCAUGUUCCUGGUGUAGACAACCCAGCAGACGAUGCAUCGCGAGGUCUACUACCAGACAAAUUGCAAUCCUGUGAACGAUGGUGGCAUGGGCCACAUUGGUUGAGCAGCAAACAGGAAGAAUGGCCUAUAAGAGAACCUGCAAUUGAAGAAACGGCAUCAAUAGAAGAAGAACGUGUUACACAAUCACGAAUAGCUGCAAUGUCGAUGGAGGACGAUUUCAACAAUAAGCUAUUUACACGGUUUUCAACCUACCUCAAACUUCGUCGAACCAUGGCGUAUUGUUUACGUUUCGUGCAAUGCAUGAGGACACCGAAACCCGCAAUUACGUCACCGACAGCCAAGGGUCAUGCUUCGAUUCAGGACAUGAGUAUAUUGAUUGCACCUCCAUCUCGAGACGAACUCAUCCAAGCUGAGCUGCAGUUGUGUCGGUUAGCUCAGCAAGAUUCAUUUGCGGACGAGUUAAAAAUGGUUAAAAACGGCAAGGAUGUACCACGCAAUUCGAAGCUGAAAUGGUUGUCCCCCUUUAUUGAUGAGGCGGGAAUCCUGCGUGUUGGUGGCCGGCUUCACAACGCACAAAUAGCAGAAUACGCGAAGCAUCCUAUACUUCUUUCUGCAAAACACCCACUCGCUGCAUUGUUAGCAGUCGCGUAUCACCAGAAGUAUAUGCACACCGGUCCUGAACACUUAUUAUCCAUCCUUCGUGAACGCUUCUGGAUAAUCGGUGGCCGUAAUUUGACCAAGUUGGUUUUCCAUCGGUGUCACAAGUGUUUCAAGGCCAAACCUACACUGGUGCAACAAUCCGUUGCAGAUCUUCCGACAUCAAGGGUUACACCCACGAGACCAUUUGCUGUCAGUGGUGUGGACUAUUGCGGUCCGGUAUUGCUGAAGUCGCCUGUUCGCAAUAGAAGUCCCACCAAGGCAUACAUCGCCAUCUUCGUGUGCUUUGCAACACGAGCGGUCCACAUUGAGUUGGUGAAUGAUCUCACUACGGCGGCAUUUUUGGCAGCACUAAGGCGCUUCGUGGCUCGCAGAGGCAAAAUCGCGGAACUGCAUUCGGAUAAUGCUACUACGUUUAAGGGGGCUGCACACGAACUUCAUCGCCUCUACGAGAUGUUUAAGUGCAGCAAUAGCGAACGCAUCGAAAUCUUCAACUGGUGUGCCAAUGAAGAAAUUCAGUGGAAGUUUAUUCCCCCUCGAGCGCCACACUUCGGAGGACUGUGGGAGGCUGCUGUACGAUCCGCUAAACAGCACCUAAUUCGCACGAUAGGAAGUACGAGCCUCACUCAGGAGGGAAUGGUAACAUUGCUAGCGCAGGUCGAACAAUGCUUAAAUUCAAGACCCCUGAUUCCGCUUUCUAGUGAGCCAUCGGACACGCAACCGCUCACUCCGGGUCAUUUUUUUGGUAGGGUCGAACAUGCUGGCGUUGCCACAAGUUGAUAGGAGUCAGGUGUCAGGCAAUAGAUUGAAGGAAUUUGAUUUGGUGCAAAAGCAUAUGCAGCAUAUAUGGUCGCGUUGGUAUCCGGAAUACUUACAGCAGCUUCAGGCCCGGGCCAAACGUUUAAUAGUUCCACCAGUGUCGCUAGAAGAAGGGCAAUUGGUAAUCAUAAAGGAAGACAAUAUACCACCUACCUUGUGGCCAAUGGGUAGAAUAACACGAUUGCACCCAGGAAAGGACGGCGUUGUUAGAGUCGUAACACUUCGUACAGCUGCAGGAAAGGAGAUAGUACGCGCAGCAGCUAGAUUGGCAAUCCUUCCAAAUCCAAACGUAUGUGAAGACAAUUAACCUCGAACACCAAAGUUAGGAGGCGAUCAUCGCGAAGCACAUGCGUAAUGUAAACAACCACACCGCACAUACACACGACACGAUACACGAAGUGACAGAUCGACACUUGCAACUUGUACAACACAACACCACACUUGCACAACAUUUGCUAUCUCUGAGGCGAAGUUAGAUCGAGAUACUUCUUCAUUUUCUUAUUAUUUUUUUUUCAAUUGUAUUUUCUGAAUGUUUUAAAGAAAUACUUUCUUUGGCGGCCGGAAUGUUAGAGAUUGUAAUUUGAAUUUAUUAGCUCGAAUUAGUUCGAAUUCGAAAUUCGAACUAAAUUUAGAGAUAGGAAAUGAAUUCAUAGGCAUAGAUAAGGAUACAGAAUGAACUAAAAUGAAUUAUGUAAUGAACUCUUGACAAUUGAAUAUACAGUAGCAACCGGACAUUUGAACGAGUCGCAUUCAUUUUUCUAACCGGCACAAGUUUUUGGAAUUAUCGGGAAAGAAAACGAGUUUUACCACGUAGCCGAACAUUCGUGAGGUU